AUUUCUAUACAUCAUAAUGACAGAUGACACUUAUGACUAUCUUUUUAAAAUCGUCCUAGUGGGAGAUAGUGGAGUAGGCAAGUCGAAUUUGUUGUCUCGAUUUACAAAGGGCGAAUUUUACGAAGAUACAAAAUCUACCAUAGGUGUUGAAUUUGCUGUUAAAAGUCUCAAAAUUGAAUCUAAGGUUAUCAAAGCACAGAUUUGGGACACUGCUGGGCAGGAGAGAUAUCGGGCGAUCACCAGUGCCUAUUAUCGCUCAGCGGUUGGAGCCAUGCUUGUCUAUGAUAUUUCUAAGAAAGAAACGUUCGAUAACAUCGAGAGAUGGUUGACAGAACUUCGACAACAUACGGAUUCGAACGUUACCUUAAUGCUUGUAGGCAACAAAUUAGACUUGAAACAUUUGCGUGAAGUGAAUGAAGACCGAGCAAAGAGCUAUGCGGAAGAAAAUGGUCUGCAUCUGGUAGAAACCUCCGCUAAAGACAACAUGGCGGUUGAAUACGCCUUCCAAAAGUUGGUAACUGAAAUUUACUGUGACGUUGUAAAUAAAUAUCACCUUGAGGCGGAUUCCAGUGGCAAUCAGAGCGACUCUGCCAUCCCUCAUUCGGAACCAGUUAGCGACAUACGGGCAGCUCAAAAUUCCAACGCGGCAAACAAUCAGUCGUGUGCAUGCUAAAAAUUAUCCAGGCAAUA